AUGAUGUCUUCUAAAGGAAAUAGAAGCAGCAGGCCCACCUUUAUUCUGUUGGGUUUUUCAGAAUAUCCAGGUCUCCAGGUGCCACUCUUUCUGGUUUUCUUGUCCAUUUAUAUCGCCACCAUAGUGGGAAAUUUGGGGAUGAUAAUAAUCAUCAAGAUCAAUUCAAAACUCCACACAAUCAUGUACUUUUUUCUUAGCCACCUGUCCUUUGUAGACUGCUGUUACUCCACCGUAGUUACACCUAAACUGCUAGAAAACUUGGUUGUGGAAGACAGAACCAUUUCUUUUUUUGGUUGUAUCAUGCAGUUUUCUUUUGCUUGCAUUUUUGCAGUGACAGAAACUUUCAUGCUGGUAGCAAUGGCCUAUGACCGUUUUGUGGCAGUUUGUAACCCUCUGCUCUAUACCACUAUUAUGUCUCAGAAGCUUUGUGUUCUUCUGGUGGCUGGGUCUUAUACAUGGGGUGUAGUGUGCUCCCUGACACUCACAUAUUUUCUUCUUGCCCUGUCGUACUGUGAAUCUAACAUCAUAAAUAACUUCUUCUGUGACCACUCCGUCAUUGUUUCUGUCUCCUGCUCGGACCCUUAUAUCAGCCAGAUGCUAUGUUUUAUUAUUGCUGUAUUCAAUGAGGUGAGCAGCCUGAUAAUUAUCACUAUGUCCUAUGUAUUCAUCUUCAUCACUGUUAUGACGAUGCCUUCUGCAAGUGGGCGUCAGAGAACCUUCUCCACCUGUGCCUCCCACCUGACCAACAUCACCAUCUUUCAUGGAACUAUCCUGUUUCUUUACUGUGCUCCUAGUGCCAAAACUUCUUGGCUCUCAGUUAAGGUAGCUUCAGUGUUUUAUACAGUGGUGAUUCCCAUGCUGAACCCAUUGAUCUAUAGCUUUAGGAACAAAGAUGUGAAGGACACUUUCCGAAAAUUAGUUGUCACCAAAUCUCUUUGUCACUCAAUAUAA